CACCACUCACAUCUCACCAUUCGAUGGAUGCACAGUACCCGUUGGCCCUGCACUCGUGACCUCAUCUCCCGUACCAGGUCGCUCCCAACCAAGUAAAGAAACGCGAGAGAGGGGCGGAACAGAGGACGACAUCGCUCGCAAAGCAACGGUCAAGCAUGGUCGAUUCCACCGCCGAGCCAGUCAGCAGCUCUGCCCACGCUAGCACCUCUCCCAGAAGACCCUUCUCCCUUGCCUCAGCUUUUGAGAGCGUGCGCAACUCCAUUCAUUCCCAAUUCCCAUCCAGCGCAUCCGCUGCUCACUCACAAGGAGCUGAGGAUGCAACGCAAGCCGGUACAUCCGGUCUACCCGCCCCGCAACUCUCGUCCACCUCCACAUCCACUCCUCCAUCAGACUGGCCGCCUCUCAUCUCUGAACGCAAACUAGCAAGGUUGUUCCCCGAUCAUUCGACGCGCGAUGCUGUGCGACAAUUCUACAAGGAGAGACAGCUGGAUUGGGAUUGCGAUGCGCAGAGUCUGGGAGAGAGGAAUGAGAGCAACAGAGCUGCUGCUGCCCUGUUUGAUCUGCUGGUCAGAUUGGAUGUGCAAGGUGCUUCGGAUGCAGAGCACGAGCUUCCUGCAAGAUUGGUGAGCGGAUUCGAAGGCGGUUCAUCGAACAGUGCGCAAAAGAGUACAACCGAGCGAUCAAAGUCGACUGUGGAUCGUUCAAGAGCGUGGGAAGCGCACGAUGUGCUGCAAGCUAUCGACAAGAAGGACGUGGAGACGUUGAUGCGUAUUCGAGAUGCAUCUUUCGACCUCUUGCUGGAUGCUGGUGGAGCAACAAAGAGCGCUUCCAUUUCCAGCAUGCCUUUGGGAUACGCCAUAUCUCUUGGUCCCGCUUGGGAAGGCAUCGCAAUCGUGCUAGUGGGCGCCAUGAGCAGAUUUGUAAAUCAGUUGCCGGACGAGCAGGCUCAGCAUCGAAGGGCUGAUAUCAGAGCUGGCAAACACGCGCUCAGAAAAGGCACUCUUCAGACAGACACUAUCACGCAAGCGAGACUGCGAAAGCUGCGGGUUAAUCUCAAAUUGGCAAUCGACCACUCCAUCUCGCUCUCGCAGGUGCCUCUAGUGACUUCCUAUGUUCAAGUCCUGUUCAUGUCCGAGGGAUCUACUUUUCUUCACGACGGCUCUCUAGCCGUGCAGAGGGCGCUCUUGCCGCACACGCACGACUCCGCCUUAUCUCCCCCCGCUCUCAACGUAGCGCGAGGAGCGGUGGAACGCUUCGUUGCUCCUCAUCUACGAAGUCGAGCAGGAGCCAAUUCGGGCAAGUCUUCCUCCUCAGCAUCCUCAGCUGUCGCGAGCAUAGCGGCGCUAGAAGAUUUGAUCGCCAACGCGAGUUUGGACCUCGUGCUGUUGGCCCUUUGGGAUCUGGUGCUCUUGCGUCAGAGCGAGUGGGAUGUACUUUCUGGCACAACCGCGCCAGCUGGUGCAAACACGAGCAACGCAUCUCCCAACACCUCCAACGCCUUGUCUCUCAAUGCAGAAGAGCUUCAAGAUCUUUCCGAUCCUUUACCACUCUUCUUCUUUGCUAGGGAUGACAGGAUGACUUUGGCUUAUCUGCAGCGGAGCAAAUUGCUCGAAAAGGCCUUGGCUAGCUUGGAUUUGAGUCGUAAUGCCAGCAGCAAGAGGGAGAGGAGGGCACUGCGGAUAGCUAGGAAUGUGGUCCUGGCCCUGCAAGAUGGAGCUAGGCGAUUGAGCGCCAAGGAGAGGGAGGAGAAAGUGGCGAGAGUCUUGCAGGCUGAGGGAUGCUGAAUGAUCAAUGCUCAAGCUUCAAUCCGCAAGCCAGAAAAAGGCGCGCGACGAGAAAAGGUUCGAUGCCUAGUCCAAGACGAUGUUCCAGGGAUGUAAUUUACAGCAAGAUGAAGGAGUGAGUUGAGAUGUAUGCGUACAAUUUAGCACAGAGAUGCAGUGUGAAUGCACUGAGGAGGAUUCGUGUCCCGGAGAGAAAUGCAAAGGAAAACACACGCUAGAAACGUUUGCAUGCGUAGACGAUCAGGUGGCGCCCUCUGGAGCCGGCG